AUGAAUGUAAAAAAAAAAUACAAUGAAGAUUUGUAUGCGGUUUUGGAUUUACCAAAAGAAUUCGAUGAAUCAUUUUUCUAAACCUUCAUUUAGAUCCUCAAAAGAGAAAAAAUUUAAGACUGUCUAGAAUUUCUUUCAUAAGAAAAUAAUGAAUGGCGAUUCAAAUAGGAUAUACAAUAGGUAGUACGUUUAUCAUUUUAUAAUUAGGAAUAGAUGGUGAAUGCUGGAAAUAAUUAAUUUAAGUAAAUAACUAAUGUUCUCAAAAAUAUUAAGGAUCAUGAUUUUAAUAUUCAAAAUUACUCUUCAGAAAAAUAUUAAUAUGCUAGGAAGAAUUUAAUGAAAAAAAUGACUCAGGAUAAUAAGCAUAUGAUUGAAUUAUUGAAAUUUUUUGUUUCUCUGACAGCAAUUGAUGAAAGAUUUAUCUAAUGCGGAUCCAAUUCACUUAAUGUAUUAGUAGGGUUGAAGGUUGAUAUGAGAGAACAUAAUUUUGAGAACAUCAGGAUUAGAGACACUUCUUUAAUUGGUGCUAAUUUUUUACGAUGCAAUUUUAAUGGAUCCAAUUUUGAUAAUGUUGAUAUUAGUGGGAUGAAUUUAAACUAAGCUUAAUUGUUCAAAUGUAAAUGGAAAAAUAUUAAAAUCCAUGAGCUAAAUUAAUUAGAUGGUCAUACUUGUUGUGUUCAAUCAAUAUCUUUCUCUCCUAAUGGUACCAUAUUAGCAUCUGGUGGUAGAGAUAACUCCAUACGCUUAUGGAAUAUUGAGACAGGAUAAGAAAAUGCUAAAUUAGAUGGCCAUACAAGCAAUGUUUAUUCAGUUUGUUUCUCUCCUGAUAGUACUACAUUAGCAUCAGGUAGCGCAGAUAAUACUAUCCGUUUAUGGGAUACUAUGACAGGAUUAUAAAAUGCUAAAUUAGAUGGCCAUACAAGCGAUGUUUAUUCAGUUUGUUUCUCUCCUGAUAGUACUACAUUAGCAUCAGGUAGUGCUGAUAAUACUAUUCGUUUAUGGGAUGUUAAUACAGGAUAAUAAAAAGCUACAUUAUGUGGCCAUAAUGAUUAUGUUCUAUCAGUCUGUUUCUCUGCUGAUGGUACUACGUUAGCAUCUGGUAGUGAUGAUAAUUCUAUCCGUUUAUGGGAUGUUAAGACAGGAUUGUAAAAAGCUAAAUUGGAUGGUCAUUCCCAUUGCAUCAAUUCAGUCUGUUUCUCUCCUGAUGGCACUACUUUAGCCUCUUGUAGUUAUGAUAGCACUAUCCGUUUAUGGGAUUUUAUAACAGAAAAAUAAAAAGGCUAAUUACAUGGUCAUACAGGCAAUAUUUAUUCAAUUUUUUUUUCUCCUNAAAGAAUUCGAUGAAUCAUUUUUCUAAACCUUCAUUUAGAUCCUCAAAAGAGAAAAAAUUUAAGACUGUCUAGAAUUUCUUUCAUAAGAAAAUAAUGAAUGGCGAUUCAAAUAGGAUAUACAAUAGGUAGUACGUUUAUCAUUUUAUAAUUAGGAAUAGAUGGUGAAUGCUGGAAAUAAUUAAUUUAAGUAAAUAACUAAUGUUCUCAAAAAUAUUAAGGAUCAUGAUUUUAAUAUUCAAAAUUACUCUUCAGAAAAAUAUUAAUAUGCUAGGAAGAAUUUAAUGAAAAAAAUGACUCAGGAUAAUAAGCAUAUGAUUGAAUUAUUGAAAUUUUUUGUUUCUCUGACAGCAAUUGAUGAAAGAUUUAUCUAAUGCGGAUCCAAUUCACUUAAUGUAUUAGUAGGGUUGAAGGUUGAUAUGAGAGAACAUAAUUUUGAGAACAUCAGGAUUAGAGACACUUCUUUAAUUGGUGCUAAUUUUUUACGAUGCAAUUUUAAUGGAUCCAAUUUUGAUAAUGUUGAUAUUAGUGGGAUGAAUUUAAACUAAGCUUAAUUGUUCAAAUGUAAAUGGAAAAAUAUUAAAAUCCAUGAGCUAAAUUAAUUAGAUGGUCAUACUUGUUGUGUUCAAUCAAUAUCUUUCUCUCCUAAUGGUACCAUAUUAGCAUCUGGUGGUAGAGAUAACUCCAUACGCUUAUGGAAUAUUGAGACAGGAUAAGAAAAUGCUAAAUUAGAUGGCCAUACAAGCAAUGUUUAUUCAGUUUGUUUCUCUCCUGAUAGUACUACAUUAGCAUCAGGUAGCGCAGAUAAUACUAUCCGUUUAUGGGAUACUAUGACAGGAUUAUAAAAUGCUAAAUUAGAUGGCCAUACAAGCGAUGUUUAUUCAGUUUGUUUCUCUCCUGAUAGUACUACAUUAGCAUCAGGUAGUGCUGAUAAUACUAUUCGUUUAUGGGAUGUUAAUACAGGAUAAUAAAAAGCUACAUUAUGUGGCCAUAAUGAUUAUGUUCUAUCAGUCUGUUUCUCUGCUGAUGGUACUACGUUAGCAUCUGGUAGUGAUGAUAAUUCUAUCCGUUUAUGGGAUGUUAAGACAGGAUUGUAAAAAGCUAAAUUGGAUGGUCAUUCCCAUUGCAUCAAUUCAGUCUGUUUCUCUCCUGAUGGCACUACUUUAGCCUCUUGUAGUUAUGAUAGCACUAUCCGUUUAUGGGAUUUUAUAACAGAAAAAUAAAAAGGCUAAUUACAUGGUCAUACAGGCAAUAUUUAUUCAAUUUUUUUUUCUCCUGAUGGUACUGCAUUAGCAUCUGGUAGUGCAGAUAAUUCCAUCCGUGUAUUUGAUGUUAAGACAGGAUUGUAAGUAGCUAAAUUAGAUGGUCAUACAAGAGAUGUUUAUUCAGUUUGUUUCUCUCCUGAUGGUACAAUAUUAGCAUCAGGUAGUUUAGAUAACUCAGUCUGUCUAUGGGAUGUUCGAACAGCAUAAUAAAAAGCCCAAUUAUAUGGUCACACUAAUUCGAUCAUGUCUGUCUGUUUCUCUCCUGAUGGUGCUACUUUAGCCUCUUGUAGUUAUGAUAACUCUAUCCGAUUAUGGGAUACUAAAGCAGGAUAACAAAAAGUUAAAUUAGAAGGUCAUUCAAAUUGGGUUUAUUCAGUCUGUUUCUCUCCUAAUGGUACAUUACUAGCAUCAGGUAGUUUAGACGACUCUGUUCGUUUAUGGAAUGUUGAGACAGGAUAAUAAAAAAUGAAAUUAGAUGGUCAUAGUGAUGGAAUUCUAUCUGUCUGCUUUUCUCCAGAUGGCGCAACAUUGGCAUCUUCUAGUUUUGAUAAGUCUACCCGAUUAUGGGAUAUUAAAACAGGAUAAUAAAAAGCCAAAUUACAUGGUCAUACUGGUCGCAUAUAUACAGUUUGCUUUUCUCCUGAUGGUACUACAUUAGCAUCAGGGAGUGCAGAUAAUUCUAUCCGUUUAUGGGAUGUUAAGACAGGAUAACAAAAAGAAAAAUUAGAUGCUCAUACUAGCAUUGUUUAUUCAGUCUGUUUUUCACCUGAUGGGAGUACAUUAGCAUCUGGUAGUUAUGAUAAAUCUAUCCGUUUUUGGGAUGUUAAAAAAGCAUAAUCCAAAACCAAUUUAGAUCGUUAUACUAGUCUUAUUAAUUAAGUCUGUUUUUCUACUGAUAGAACUAUAUUAGCAACUUGUAAUGUUGAUAACUUGAUUUAGUUAUGGGAUUUUAAUACGGAAGAAUAAAUUUCUACUUCUGACAUAAGAUAUAAAGAUUUUCUUACCCAAUUUAAAACAUAGCCUUAAAUGAUUUAAUUGUUAUAAGGUUGUAAUUAUUAGUCAUAUUUAUAGUUAACUCUCUAGUUACAUCUCUUGUUAUUGCUCAACAUCUUCAUUUUGAGGCAUAUGGUGCUCUGAUAUUUAAAGGAGAAUUUAUUAUUCAAUCAAAUUUAGAUUUAAAGAUGUUAUUAAAAUAAAGAGGAAGUUUCAUUUUAGAAGACUAAAUAUUGUUAAGAUAUAAUUGA